CGAUGUGAGCAAUAGACAAGACCCAAUCGAAAUCACCGAUCCUACCCCAUACUGCAUCAAUUCUGACUACUUUCGACUGGUACGAUCCCAAAGGAAAAUUUGAUUGGUCCAGGAAUGAAGGUGAGCAAAUUUAAGCAAGCUUUUUGAAAGGCCCCUAAAAGUCCACUUUCGCGCUCGCGCAAAAAAAAUUCCACGGGGGUUUGGGAAGGAGCCCCUAAUAGUCCUGUUCUCCUGGCCUUUGCUUCCCCAAAGGGGUCUUUCUUCCUUUACUCCUCUCUCCCCUUAACAGUAGCAUACGGAGGAAGAGCAAACCCUAAACCUUAUCUCGGACGAAUGGCGAACAGCAAUCUGCCUCGAAGAAUUAUCAAGGAAACGCAGCGGCUUCUUAGUGAACCAGUUCCUGGGAUCAGUGCGUCUCCUUCGGAAGACAACAUGCGCUACUUCAAUGUUAUGAUCCUUGGUCCGACACAGUCUCCCUAUGAAGGAGGUGUUUUUAAGCUUGAAUUGUUCUUGCCUGAAGAGUACCCAAUGGCUGCUCCCAAGGUGCGCUUUCUCACAAAAAUAUAUCAUCCAAAUAUUGACAAGCUUGGACGUAUAUGCCUUGAUAUUCUGAAAGAUAAAUGGAGUCCAGCACUUCAGAUCCGAACAGUUUUGUUGAGUAUUCAAGCACUUUUAAGUGCCCCCAAUCCAGAUGACCCACUCUCGGACAAUGUUGCAAAGCAUUGGAAGACAAACGAAGCCGAAGCUGUAGAGACAGCAAAGGAAUGGACUCGUCUUUAUGCUAGUGGGGCAUGAUUUACAUGGACAAGCUUCUUGUGUCUAAUUACAUGUCUAUUGUGGAAGAUCAGCGUGCCAUUGUUUGGUUCUGACAAGCAAAUGAAAGCUCAAUGCUUGAACUUUCCAAGAUCAUCCUGCUAAUAUAAUGUGAUGUAUACCAAUCCAGUAGUUGAAAGCACUUCUCAUGUACCAAUAGAGGUCGAGGUCUGAAGUCUUGCAUCUCUUUGGUUGCUGGUAUGCAUUUUGCACUUUAAACCUCAUUGCUGGCUAUUAAUGGAAUGCUGAGUCUUCUUAUUCUUUUCCAAA